UUAGGUCUAGGUAGAUACCUGUUUUCCUUAGGGGGUGUUUAUCUUUUGCAGAAUUAAGUAAAUUUUCAGAAUUGAAUUAGAAUAUUGUACCUCUGCUUUGUAGGAAUUUACAAAUAUGCUCGUUCUAGUUUUGGGAGAUUUACAUAUCCCACACAGAUGUAGCAGCCUACCAGCCAAGUUCAAAAAAUUACUCGUACCGGGAAGAAUACAACACAUACUUUGUACAGGAAAUUUAUGUACCAAAGAAUCGUACGAUUAUUUAAAGACUCUGGCCAGUGAUGUCCACGUCGUUAGGGGAGAUUUUGAUGAUAAUUUAAAUUAUCCGGAACAAAAAGUUGUAACGGUAGGACAGUUUCGAAUAGGCCUUUCGCACGGACAUCAAGUUGUGCCUUGGGGCGACCCAGAUUCUUUAGCGUUAAUUCAAAGACAGCUAGACGUGGAUAUACUUAUUUCUGGUCACACUCAUAAGUUUGAGGCUUAUGAACACGAAAAUAAGUUUUAUAUUAAUCCGGGGUCGGCCACAGGAGCUUAUAAUGCAUUAGACACAUCAAUAACACCCUCAUUUGUACUCAUGGACAUACAAAACACUACUGUAGUGACAUAUGUCUACCAGCUAGUGGGAGACGAGGUAAAGGUAGAACGAAUUGAAUAUAAGAAAAAUUAGAGAUGAAAUGAAAGGCAUACAUUUGCGUAUAUGUUGGCAUUUAAGAUUAAGACACCUAUUAUUUUCAAUUAAGUCUUAUAUUAAAAAGGGAAAUAUAAAACUUGAACUUUCGAACGCUUAAGGUACACUUAUGGAUUUUAAUAAACUGUAUUGUGAAUAUUCAUAUUAUGUAAUAUUAGUUAUAGGUAUAUAAUUCUGCCACUUACUGUUUAUUCUAUUAGCGUAAAAAAUCCACAAGCUUUCAUAUUUAAUAGCUGAUUAAUAGUACAGUCUGUACUAUAUUUGUUGAGAUAGAAUUGCAGUGCAUACUGUCUUUCUUCGUAAGUUUUCUUAGAAUUGUAUCCCAACAAAUAUCGUACGACUGUUAUUUGUAGCAUAAUUGAGUGACGAAAUAAUCGAAUUUUAUUUAAGAAAUAAUAUUUUGUGAAACUUUCGAAGAUGUUUUUAUGCAAACAUCUUUUAGUAUGAUUUUAUAUUAUAAAGGAAAGAAAUGGAUACUUUUUUUUAAUUAAUUUAUGAGAGCAAAAAAUUGCAUUAGGACAUCAAACACAUCAAUUUUUGCAUUGUAAAUUAAAUUCUUUCUAAUAGAAGGUUAUUAAAAUAACAAAAAAGGAAAAAAGACCAUGAAAAUUUCUGUACAUUUAAGAUUAUCUCAUUAAUUUCUCUGGUUUAGCAUAACUCUUAAUGUAAUCAUGAAUAUAGUUCAGGAAAUGUUAUUUCUGUUAUAAUUUUUUGUAGUGCAUAUUUAUAAUAUAAUUUUUAUAAGUAUAUUUUUUAUAUAAAAUUUAU